CGUGGUUGGAUGUUGAGAAAAGGAAUAUAUAUCCUAUCGAUCUGGUUUGGCUCGCCGUAGCCAAACGAAACACUGGAAAGGGGAGAGAGAUGUUUGCUGCUGCUGCCAUCGCCGCGAGCUCAGCUGGUUUCAAUAUUUGUGGAAACCAGCUGACAAGGAGAAGCAUUUCAUUGAGAAGAGUAACUGCAAGGCACCGCUGCCAGGCUGUCAAUAAUAAUAAAAAAUUAGAAUCAGAAUCGCACCAAAACGAGCAACAACAAGACGAGGAGGAGGAUCAUGUUGAAAACAGUUUAGGAGUUGAAGCUGCAUUAUCCAUGCUCAGAUUCUACAAAAGGGAGAUAUCGCCGCUGUUACCAAAUAGUUGUAGAUAUGUACCCACCUGUAGUGAAUAUUCCAUGGAAGCUUAUAAGAAAUACGGUGUCGUCAAGGGCACCGUCUUGACUGCCUGGCGUCUUUGUCGCUGUAAUCCACUUGGUGGGUCUGGCUUCGAUCCUCCGCGAUGGUUUGAUGAGGAUCCUCCUUUUCAAGAAGAUUGAGAUGAGACGAGAGAGCCAAUUUUAAUGUUUUCCACUGCCUCCUGAAGCAGGCGUCAAAGAGGGGGAUGACUGAGGACUGUGUCGAUACAGAAAAUAGAAUUUCAUUGAAGGUUAAAGAUGCACUCUUCAGAUUUGCACUAAUGGUACUGAUUCCUUAUCUAUAUCAUUAGGUUUCUAGAUUCCAACACCUUUUCUUUGUGUAUAUAAAUCGUUAACAAAGAAUAGCUUAGCUGAUACAGUCAUGUGGUUUUAUGAGAGUGUUAAAAACAAGCAUUUAGUGAAGCUAUUCAGUGUUGUUUAAGCUGCCCUUAGAACACCAUUCAGUUUGUGGCUGUCUGAUUGAAAUACUGCAUUCUCUUUUAACACUAAUAGUUUCCUAGUCUGAUAGUCUGAAAUGUAAUCAUUCUGUUGUAUAUAAAUGGUGUAGCCCACCACUAUCGUAUUGUCUGCCUCCCAGGUAAUUUUUUUUUUGUCUUCUUGGAGGCUAGUGUUUUCUUAUGGACAAAAAACAUGAUGAGUUAGUUGAAACCUGAAACGAUGUAUGAUUGGAAGCUUGGAGCACCAUUUGAUCUUGAAA